CCUGCUGCUCACUCCGGCUCAAUUACCUGCCCGCCCCGAUCCCGACCGGGCCCGGGAUCGGCGUCACGGCGCGGCCGCGCGCGGGGCGGGGACGCGGGGCGGGGACGCAGGGACAGCCGGGGGCGAACCCCGAGGGCACGCGCGAGGAGCCCACGAGAUCGGCCCGACCCUCAGAUCGGGGCGACGCAAAAAAAGGUCGUCGUCGUCGUCGUCGUCGUCGUCGUCGUCGAUUCCGACGCCGCCGUCCUCGGGAUCCGCGCGGUCGUCGUCGGGGGGCCGCCGGUGCUGCAAAAAGUUUGGUGGCCGCCGGGGGCGGGGAUCCCAGGCCUCCCGCCGACGCGAGGCCGAGGCGCGAGACGUCUUCCAGCCGCGUCUGCCCGGCUUAACUCUGGGCGGCACCUCUGCAAAGAUUGGGGGGAUCUCGGAGACGGGCCGUCGAGCCACCGUGGCACCUCACCGCGGCCCAUGCGCGGACCUGCGCAGGGUCUCGUGCAGCAGGGGUGCCAUCCCUCCUCGAGUUGCACAGCCGUCCACAGCCAGAUGCCGCCGGAGGCCUCAGGCUCCAGAGCAGGGGCCGAAGGUUCAGGCCUUUGGCGCAUCUGCGGCCCGCGUGGAACCUUCAAGAAGCCUUGGAAAUCUAAGUGUCGGGCCGUCGGAGGCCUGGGCCUGUGCUGGGCUUGCGGGGCGCUGUGCCGCGCGCGCUCUUGAAACCGCGCGCGCCUCGUAGGGCAGGCGCCAGCGCGGAAGAGAGAAGAGAAGGAGGAGGAGGAGGCGGCGGAGGAUCAGGAUGAGCAGGGGCUGGAGGAGGGGGCCGCACUCUCGAGACUCUAUCUCGCUGGGAACCAGCAGCGGCAGCCGGCACUCGCGCAAUCUCGUCAUCAUCCUCUGUGUCCUUCUACUCCUGCUCCUUGCUC